GCAAGAACGCAACGAUGCUCGAUGACCAACGUAGAAUACCGAAAAUACCCUCACCUACUCCACGCCCGGUUUUAGAUGAGAUGAUGAGACGUCGCCUUUCUAGCUAGUGCUUACCUUUCUUUCAUCUCAUGCAUUGUCCCCUUCUUCUUCCUGUAUAUAUAUACACACGCACUAGACGCAUCCUUCUUAUCCCAAAGCCCCCGUCUCUCUCUCUCUCUCUCUCUCUCUCUCUCUCUCUAAGUUUUUCUGCCGAAGUUCGAUCAAAAGAAAAUGGGCAGUUUGGAAGGGGAAAGGACGACAACAGGAUGGGCAGCGACGGACCCUUCUGGGGUUCUCUCUCCCUACACCUACUGCCUCAGGAAUACUGGCCCCGAAGAUGUAUUCAUCAAAGUCAUUUGCUGCGGAAUCUGCCACACUGAUAUCCACCAGAUCAAAAAUGACCUUGGCAUGUCCCAUUACCCCAUGGUUCCGGGGCAUGAAGUGAUCGGUGAAGUGGUAGAGCUGGGAUCCAAUGUGGGCAAGUUCAGCGUAGGAGAAACAGUCGGAGUUGGGUGCAUCGUUGGAAGCUGCGGAAGUUGCAGGCCGUGCAAAUCAGACGUCGAGCAAUACUGCAACAAGAAGAUCUGGUCCUACAACGAUGUCUACACCGACGGCAAGCCCACCCAGGGAGGAUUCGCCGGGUCCAUGGUCGUCGAUCAAAAGUUUGUGGUGAAAAUCCCAGAAGGGAUGUUGCCGGAGCAGGCGGCGCCGCUACUGUGCGCCGGAGUGACAGUGUACAGCCCACUGAACCACUUUAGGCUGAAAGAGAGUGGGCUGAGGGGGGGAAUACUUGGGCUUGGAGGGGUAGGACACAUGGGAGUGAAGAUUGCAAAGGCUAUGGGGCAUCACGUGACGGUGAUAAGCUCUUCUGAUAAGAAGAGAGUGGAGGCCCUGGAGCACCUCGGAGCGGACGAUUACCUGGUCAGCUCGGACGCGACCCGGAUGCAGGAACUGAGUGACUCGCUCGACUACAUCAUCGACACGGUGCCGGUGUUCCACCCGCUCGAGCCGUACCUUUCGUUGUUGAAGCUUGACGGAAAGUUAAUAUUGACGGGCGUCAUCAAUACCCCACUUCAGUUUCUCUCCCCUGUUGUCAUGCUCGGGAGGAAGGUAAUCACAGGGAGCUUCAUCGGGAGCAUGAAGGAGAUAGAGGAGAUGCUUGAUUUCUGCAAAGAAAAGAAUCUGAGUUCAAUGAUAGAAAUGGUGAAUAUGGAUUACAUCAACACAGCUUUCGAGAGGCUUGAGAAGAACGACGUCCGCUACAGAUUUGUCGUCGACGUCGCGGGGAGCAAACUCAAUUAGCAAACACCCUUCCUACCCAAUCCAUAUACAAGAAGGACCCGUUUCCGCACUCAAAGAGGGAGAGAUAGAGUCAGCGCGUGUGUUUGUUGCUCGGUUUGUCGUCGUAAUUCGCUUGAAACUGUCAUGCUUAAAUAUGGUCUGUAUUCUUUCUUUGUCGUGAAACAUUGCUAACAAAAAUGCUACAAACACAGAUCCCCAAAACCGUCUAAUGUGUAUGUCACACAUCUAUCGUCGGUUAACAAUGUGUAUUUUGUCUGUAUUGGCCGUGACAUCUAUUUUAUACCUUAUAUGUGAUUUUCUGUGUUUGGUAA